GGAAGCCGGCAAUGUGCAACAUGGUCCAAGCCGGUUUCAUUGUGGUCGAUCGGUGGUCGGGUAAGUUCGAUUAUUGUUUUGGACGGCAACAGCGACAAUAAUGACAACAACAACAUUAACAACAACAACAACAAUAACAACAACAGUGACGCCGACCGUGAUAAUACUGCCCACAAUAACGACCAUAAUAGUGAUAACAUUCUGGCAACAGGAGGGCUCUAGAUAGACAGUUAUUGGGCCUUCGGUAAUGCAACGCUGCAAUUCUUGAUGAAAAUACAGUAUGUUACAUGAAAUCGGUAAAAAUCGCUUUAUUUCAGAACACCUUAAUUUAUUCGUUAGUGAUAACGACCCUUAUCAGUGAUUUUAAGCGCAUAUCCAUCUGACAAUCGGGUUUUAGUUAUGAUUGAAACUACGAUGUUCCGAUGCAUCGACGCAUUCGAUGCACUGAAUUUCAGAACGAUUUAGCUUGAAAAUACGAUGUAUUUUAGAACAUGUUUUAUCAUUUCGAUGGCAAUACGUAUCCACAGCGUUGCAUUAACGAAGGCGCAAUUCUGCUCGUCCGCCAUUUUCUAUCCAUUGUUGUUGUUGAGCAGUGGCUGUACGGCUCUAGAUACUAGAUAGUAGAUAUACUUGUACUAGGUAACACUUGUGUAUAGUGUGAUGUUUUAUAUUUUAUAGUGCAUAAAUGCAUAAUUGAAUAUUUAUAUUAAUUUACUAUAAAAUACAUACGAAUACUGGAAAAUGGGUGGUUGCUCUGCCAUAAAUUGCAGUCAUCACUCAUCAAAAGGACAUCGUGUGUAUAUAUUUCCUGCCGAUGAGACGCGGCGAAAACUAUGGCUCAUUAAUUGCAGAAGAGCAAAUUGGGUUCCAGGGAGAGGUGCUGUGUUAUGCGAGGUACAUUUUGAAGAAACCGAGUUUGAGCUACACAGAGCAGAUGGUCGAGUAAAACUUAGACCAGAUGCAGUACCAACUCUGUUUAAUGUCCCACGACCUCCUAAAAAACACAACCCAUCACCAAGAAAAUCAUUAUAUAAGCGCCUUCCAGAGAAGGAAAAAAUGAAGAGUGUUUCUUCAGAAACUAUUCGUGGUAAAAAUCUUCAACAUGAAGAUGCAGCCAAUCAGUCUUAUGAAAACCAAUUUAAUCCUGUAAAGCGGAAAUGGAAAACAUUCAUAAAUUGAUUAACACCAUGAAAGAAGAAAAUACGAAAUUGAUGGAUGUGACUUGAAAACAUUAAUUGUAAAACAUUAUUUCACUGUCCGUAAUUAUACAGUAGUAAAUUACUUACAAUCUACAAAAAAGAAAAAAACUAUUCUUGGUUCAGCUACAAAAAAGUAAU